CAUCAGUCAUUACCUGUAUGUUAUUAACCCAGAAGAUGAAGGCAAUAUACAAAUUUCAUCAAUUUAAUUAUAGGUUGCCGCUAUUAGACCCAAAUCAAAUUAUAAUAAAAGUUAAGGUUAAGCAGGCUUGAGCGACUCAGAUUGUUACUAUUGUCUUAUAGUCAUUAAUGAUAUGGAACACUUUGUUGCAGAGGAGACAAAGCAGAAAAGCCAUAAAAAGCUCAUUUUAUGGACAAUUCUUGCAAAACUCUUUCUUCCCAUUUUUUAGAGUUUCAUAUAGAAGACCUAUGUUUCUGUGGACCUUGCUUGCACCCUUUGCCCAUGAAAAAACUGGUAGUUCUUCAUGAAUUCUUUACACUAAAUUGUUUUGUUUUGGACAUGCACAGUAAGUGAAUAUUGGGUUGUGUUUCUUUUCUGAUCUACAAUGAGCUUAUUUUAGCUUUAGAACAAUGGUGGAGUUUUUUGGUUGUAAGAUUUCAGGUUGAAAUGAUGCUUCUUUAGCUGUUGUUUCUUGUGAUGUUGUAUAAUUAGACUGGGAUGGUGGACCUCAUAUUGUCUUAUGAAAGUGCUCCUUUAAGGUAUUGUUAUAUUCUGCAAAAUCCAUGAACCUGGCAUGGAUUCAUGAUUUCCUUUUCUAAUCCUAUACAGCUAAGCUGUCUAGAUUCAUAUAGGAAAUAUAGAUAUGGCAUGUUAGGAGCUGCAGUGGUCUUAUUUUGUACUUGUAUCCUCUUUAGUAGUUUCUCUAUAUUCACUGAAUAAGAUGAAAAGCUACUUGGGCAAGCACAAAUAUCUGGUUUUCAGAUAAAUCAUAAUUCAUUCCUCUUUAAAUUGGAAAAAAAAAAAAGAGGAGGAAAAAAAAGAACCAAUCUUUGUCUGAAAUAGCGAUAAUUAGAAACCCAUUUGGUGGAAGUCUCUCAAAACCAAAAUCCAUGGACCUUAUCUUGAUUCUAACUUUCUGCAUAUUCUUGGCCACCUUAUAUGCAAUCAAAAGAAAAUCAUCAUUUGUUAACUGUCCUCCUGGACCUCAACCCUGGCCUGUUAUUGGGCAUUUUCACCUCCUAAAACCUCCACUUUACAGGUCAUUAUCCCAACUCUCUAAACAAUACGGCCCGGUCUUCAGCCUUUGGCUAGGAAAGCGAUUUAUAGUGGUUGUCUCCUCGGCUAAUCUGGCACAAGAAUGUUUCACCACUAAUGACAUUACGUUUGCAUCUAAGCCUCAAUUGGCCGUUGGGAAAUACCUUGGCUAUGACUAUACCUCUGUUGUUUGGGCUCCCUAUGGUGCACAUUGGCGGAAUGUACGGAAAAUCCAAGUGCUCGAGCUUCUUUCCUCAAAGAAAAUCGAGAUGUUUGCAUGUAUUCGUCAAGAACAAGUGUCUGCAUUGCUACAAAGUCUCGUUGAAGCUUCGAAUAGAGAGAAGGUGGUGAACAUGAAGGACAGGAUCACUGAGACCAUCUUUAGUAUUAUUGUUAAGAUCGUGGCCAAUAAAAGUUAUUAUGGAUGUGCAGUUCAGGAUCUAAAAGAAGCAAAAGAAUUUAGAGAAGCGAUUGAGGAGACAUUCCUGUUGACAGGGAAGGUGAAUUUUGGGGACUAUAUUCCAUUUCUUAAGUGGGUGGAUCUACAGGGGAUUACCCGACUCUUGAGAGCAUUGGGGAGGAAGAGAGAUAGGAUUAUGCAGCAGAUUGUGGAUGAACAUAGGAAAUUGAGGAGCAGUGAGAAUGAUAAUUUAAAGCCAGAUUUCGUUCACAUGUUGCUUGCCAUGCAAGAGAAUGAUCCUGACUACUUCACAGAUGAUUUAAUUAAGAGUAUAAUUAUGGUUAUGAUGUCAGCCGGAACAGAGACCACAGCCAUCACCCUAGAGUGGGCCUUAGCCCUCCUCCUUAACCACCCCUACUCCCUUCAGAAAGCUCAAACCGAGCUAGACCAACGAUUUGGAAGGGACCGAUUAGUCAAAGAAUCCGACCUCCCCAAGCUAGAGUACCUUCAAGCCAUCAUUUACGAGACAUUACGCUUAUACCCUCCGGGCCCUAUGCUUUCACCUCAUGAGUCGACCUCAGAGUGCACCCUAGGUGGUUACACCGUGCCCAAAGGCACCAUACUCAUGGUGAAUGCAUGGCACAUACAUAGAGACCAUGACUCGUGGCCCGAGCCUUCAAGUUUCAAGCCUGAGAGCUUUAUGGGGACUGGGGUUGAUGGGAGGGGCCAAGAUUUUAGGUUUAUUCCUUUCAGUGCGGGUAGGAGGAUCUGUCCUGGCAUGGGUUUGGCAUUGAGGUCUGCGGUGUAUGUGCUCGGGUGCUUGUUGCAUGGGUUCGAGUGGCAGAGGGAAGGCAUUGAGCCAGUUGAUAUGUCAGAGGGUGCGGGGCUUACGAUGCCAAGGGCCGUACCCUUGAAGGCAUUCGUGACCCCACGGCUCCCGCUUCAUGUGUAUCCCCUUGCAUGAUAUGUGGGUGCAUUGUGUCUUAGGGAGGGGGAGAGAGAGAUGCUAAGCCUACAUGAUCAUCAACUGCUCGACAUGAAGUAUUUCAUGCGAACCACUAGAUCAUGCAAGCACGCAUGCAUGUGUAUAAGAGAGAAAUUUUUAUAUAUUCAGUAUUUCAAGAAUCGGAAUUGUUUGCAAAACUUCAAACACCAAAAAUCCUUAGUUUCCUCCUACCCCCAAAACCCCUCUUCCUUGCGCUUGUAUGCCUUUGCAAUCAUAAAACCAACCAUUAGAUACCAAUGGACCAUAAAAAUUUUUAGUGUUAGUACCAU